AUGGGGUUGUUCAACAAGAAGAAGGAGACAAAAGAAGAGACAACUGUUGUUUCCGACAAGCACCUCAGCAGCGCAGAGGCUACACCAGCAACACAUACACCCACCGAGACUCCUCGUGUCGCCAGAUCCUUAAAUGGUUCUGCCCCAGAUGCCGUAGCCCUCGACAACUUGCCAGCUACCAAAUUGGCUCUCACUCUUGGUUCGAUCGCAUCUAUUGGUGGUUUCAUGUUCGGUUAUGAAUCGGGUCAAAUUUCUGGUUUCGUCCAAAUGUCGGAUUUCUUAGCUCGAUUCGGUGAAGACGGAGAACUUUCUGCGGUCCGUCAAGGAACUAUCGUCGCCAUUCUCUGCGCCGGUACCCUUGUUGGUUGUCUCGCAUCUGGUUACCUCUGCGAUAAAAUCGGUCGUCGUUACACUAUUUCUAGCUCGGCAUUCUUCUACAUCGUCGGUGUUAUUAUCGAAAUUACUUCAUCUACUCACUGGGUUCAAUUCGCCAUGGGAAGAUUUGUGGCUGGUCUAGGCAUUGGUGCUUUGAGUACUUCGGUACCCAUGUAUCAAUCGGAAUCUGUGCCAAAGAAUAUUCGUGCCGCCGUCGUUUCCAGUUAUCAAUUGUUGAUUACGCUUGGUAUCUGGACUGCUUAUAUGGUCAACUACGGAACUCACACCUAUACCACCAGUGCGCAAUGGCGUAUUCCCAACGGACUCUCAGCACUCUGGGCCAUCAUCCUCGGUACCGCCGUCCUCUUCAUGCCUGAAUCCCCUCGUUUCGCAUACCGCAUCGGACGUGAAGACGAAGCCCGCAAAAACAUGGCUCUUCUCAACGGCGUAGACCCAUACUCCCCCCUCAUCGACGCCGAGAUCAACGAAAUCGAACUCAAGCUCGCAGCCGAAAGAGAAGGUGGUGAUCACCCUUGGUACGAAAUCUUCACCGGUCCACGAAUGUUGUACCGCACACUUCUGGGCAUGGCUCUGCAAGCAGGCCAACAAUUGACCGGUGCCAAUUUCUUCUUCUACUACGGUACUACAAUCUUCAAGUCCGGCGGUAUCUCCGAUUCGUAUGUCACGUCCAUUAUUCUCGGUUCCGUCAAUGUCGUCGCCACGAUUGCCGGUCUCUAUGUAGUAAAGACCUGCGGCCGUAGAAAGGCCCUCAUGAUUGGUGCCGCAGAGAUGUUCUUCUGCAUGUUAAUCUACGCUUUCGUCGGCCACUUUAAAAUCCAAGGCGGAACCGAUGUAGCAGCCCCAGGUGCCGUCCUCAUCUGCUUCACCUGCAUCUACAUUGUCGGAUUCGCCACAACCUGGGGUCCCCUCGUCUGGGCCAUCGUCGGCGAACUCUACCCAGCGCGCUACCGCGCCUCUUGCAUGGCGCUCGCCACGGCCUCCAACUGGCUCUUUAACUUCCUCAUCUCGUUCUUCACUACCUUCAUCACAAACGACAUCGACUAUUAUUACGGACUCGUAUUCGCAGGUUCUCUUUUCUGUCUCUUCUGGAUCGUCUUUUUCUUCGUCAUCGAAACCAAAGAUCGCUCCUUGGAGGAAAUCGAUACCAUGUACGUGCUACACGUUAACCCGCGCACAUCAGCUAGCUGGGAUCCUAAAUCGCUAGGUGCAGAGGGUCUCAGUGGUGUGGAGACGGAUAGAAUGUUCUUGACCAAGGGUGGAAAGGAUAUUAAGAAGAGUGAGAUGGCGGGGAGACCAAUGCUAGAACAUGAUGAGAGGAUGUUCCCUGAAACGGCGGGUGGUGGAGAGAAUAAAACGGAGGUUAUUAAUGCUUAG